AUGUUCAAUUUGAUCGCAGCAGCGACCUUGGCGGUGAAAGUGGCGGCAGGCUUGUCGACAGGCGACACAGGCCGACAAGGGGAUGGGGAGGCAAGUGGCCAGUUGCAAGGAGUCACAGGGACGCAAGACGAGUCAGAAGCGCCAGCACCACCAGAGGAAGAACGAGCCGGUGGAGGCGCAGCCGACGAACCAGCACCGGCCCCUCCAAAGAAACCAAAAAAGGUCACCGUGAAGGCACUGGCGGGAAGGUCAACCCAGGCAACCUCAAAGAGGCCAGGGGAGCAGGAGAGGGACGACGACCGAGGGGGUGGGGAGGAUCACGAGGGGGAAAGGGGGACAGGGCUGAAGGAGUUCAGGGAGUUGGUAGGGGAGGUUACCGGAGUACAAGGGAGCCAAAAGGGAACUGGUAAGCAAAGAGAUGGGGACAAGAGGGGCUGGAUAUGGCUAGGGGUAGAGGGUCAGGACUCACGGAUUGCAGCGCUUUAUUUCGCUUAG